AUGGCUUCCAAUUUUCAUGAUAUGUCUGACAUACAAUGUGUUGAUCAGAAAAGCAGUAGCAGUACAGGGGAAGAAGAAAGACUGAGACAAUUGUUUCUAAGCUGUGAUUCAAAUAAUGAUGGGUGCUUAGAUUGUGAAGACUUAUACAAUAUGUGUAAGAAACUAAACAUGGCAGAAUGUGCCGAGGAAAUUAUAAACACACUUGGCGCUAACACUAAAGGGUGCAUUACAUUUGAUGAGUUCCUUAGCUGUCGAGAAAAAGUUUUUCAGAUGCAAACUGAAGCGGAUAAUAUAUAUUUCUCAAGAUCUGGUUUACCACAUCAUCUAAAUUAUAAGCAACCUGGAUUUAGUUGGCCUGUUUACACAACUGGUAAAUUGCAUACAGAGGUUAAAAAUAAUGGACAAGAAGUGAAUGAAAACUCUGUUCGCAAAAUGAACGAAAAUGUCAAUCUCGAGAGUUCUGCCAGCGAAACCAGCCUUGUUAACUCAGGCGCAGAAUAUGAUUCUGGAGCUCAAGAUCUUUGUGGUGAACCGCAAAGUUUACACUUGUUAAUGCAACGUGAUUUCCCUGAUUUAUAUAAAAUUAUAUUUCCAUUACCUUUGAAUUCAAUAAGAAAUAAUUUUGAAAAUGAUACAAUGACAAAUGAAUUCAAUUUAUUAUCUGUCACUAAUAUGGAUAAUUCUACAAAAGACUUACAGAAUCAAAAACUGACUAAUGCAAUAAAUAUUCAGUCUGUAGAUAAAUUAAGUAAUUUGCCAAGGCAUAUAGAAGCAGAAUCAUUUGGUAUAAAAUCAAAAGAAGUUGAGUCAAAUCACUUUUUAGAUAAUGUUCGACAUUUAUUUGAAUGUGCGAAUACUCUACAUGUACAACGGACGGCUCAAUUACGUUCCGAAAUUCGUGAUCUAUCUCACAGACUACAAGGAUUACAGACAAGUCGAGAUAUGAAUUAUCGUGAAGUACAACGUUUACAACGUGAAAAAGAACAAUUACGCAAUGAAUUAACUAAUCAAGUAUCACGUUAUGAAGAUCGUUUAACUGAAUUACAUAGUGUUAUUGCAGAAUUACGACGUCGUUUAGAACAUUCAGAAUCAAAUAUUAUACAUGAAGUAGAAGAGUUUGAAGAAAACGAUGGCGAUGAUGAUGAUAAUGAUAAUGAUGAAGUAAAUGAUAAUAAUGUAUUGAUUAAUUAUAAAUCAGAUAGAAAAUCAAGAAAAUCAAAAUUAUCAUUAUUAAAUACAUUCAAUACUAAUAAUAUCAAUGAUUAUUCAACGAAUCAAUAUGAAUUGGAUAAAGAGAUUAGUGGAAAUAGUGAUACAUCGGUUGAUGUUAUAAUGGAUGGCGAUGAUGAUGAUGAUGAUAAUGUUGAAGAUGUUGUUAGUCCAUCAAAUGAUACUACCAAUGAUAGAUUAAAUAAAUCUAUUGGAAUUGUAAGACAUUAUCAACAGUCACAAUCAAAUUCACAUAAAUUUUUUAUGCAAACAGCAAAUCUUACCUAUGAUCGAUUGGAUCAGAAUCAUGAACUAGCUUGUCUAGUUAGUAACAAUAAUAAUAAUAAUAAUAAUGUGAAUACGGAGGGAGUAUCUAAAAAUUAUAACCAUGAUCUUUGUAUAAAAUAUGAAACAAUUUUAUCAAAUAUGCAAGCUCAAUUAACAUGUGUCAUUGAAGAACGAGAUAUGUUAGCUAAUCAAUUAAAUGAGUUGACUGAAACUAAUAAAUCAUUACUUCCUAAUUCCACAAUACAAACAUCGACAAUAGUCACUGAAAGUGUUUCAUCAUCUUUACCAGUAUCGACAGCAACAAUAUCAGAAAUAGUAGGAUUAAAAUCAUGUUCUAUAUCACAUCCAAUUAUGGGUUUAAAUCGAUCUGUUCAAAUGAAAUCCAAUAAUAAUAAUAAUAAUAGUAAUUUAUCAUAUCCUCCAACAUCCUCUCUUCCGACUCCUUCUUCAACAACAGGAUUUUCAGUAUCUAAACAACAAACAAAUGUAGAUAACAAUAUUAUUAACCAAUUACAUAAGACUAUUUCAUCUGAACAUUUAAAUUAUAACCAAGUAACUAGUACAACAACAACGACAACAUUCACAACAAAUACAACAAUGACAACACAAAUAAAUUCGAAUGUUUAUGAUUUACCUGAACCAGAAUGGAUUACAAAACUAUUGAAACAAUAUUAUGAAUAUAAUAUAACUCAUAAUAAACAAAAUAUUCCAUGUAGUUUAUUUGGUAAUGAAUUAUAUUCACCUACAACAACAACAAAUGCUACUAAUGAUGGUGUUGGCGGUACUGGUACUGGUACCGGUACCAAUCAUGAUGUCAAUAAUCUUAACUAUUGUACUAAUAUAACAGGAAUAUUACCAUUUGAUUUUGAACAAUAUUUAUUUGAUCAAUUUGAUUAUGAAGAAUUCUGUACAGAUUCAAUGAAUAUACCUAUUCAAUUUACACCAAAUACAUUAAUGUUAUUUUUAAUUAGUUUAGCUAAUAUCACUCCAUAUACACGUUUAUCGGAUAUAGCUAAAUGUGCUCAAUUAACAUUAUAUCGUUUAUUAACUAAAUUAAUACGUUAUCAAACUGAUUGUUUAGUAUUACAAGCUAAUUUAACUGAAAUUAAAUUAAAUGCUGAUCAAAUGCAAUGUCAAUUAAAUCAAAUUGAAUCAAAUUAUUCAAUUAUGAAACGAGCUAUACAAAUAUCUGAAUCUGCAUUAGAAAUUAGUGAUUGUUUAAAUCAGUUAUAUUCCACGGAAUUAGCUGUCACUAUAUUCCGUCAAUCACAAAAUAAUCAAAUGUUAAAGCAUCCAUUCUCAACAAUAUCAUCGUCUACAUCAUCUUCAUCAUUUCAUGGUCAUAAUAAAUCAUCUCAAUUACAUCAAUCACAACAUCAUCAACAAUUGAAAAGAUAUAAUAAUUCACAACAGAUUUCUGUUACCACAUCACCAUAUCAAUUGUAUUCUUCAAUUGGUUCUUCGGAAGAACAUGAUUUAUUAAAUAAUGCAACCAAUACUACCAAUAAUACAACUGCUGGAGUUGGACAACAACAACAACAACAACAGAUCUUUUCAAUGAAUCAUUUCAAUUUGCAUAAUUUGAAAUCAUUGAGACAACAAGUUGAAUUUCUAGCUUAUACCAUAUUAGAUAAAUAUGAAACAUCAGAUGGUGGUUAUGAAAAAAUUCUCCCAACAUCUUUAUCUAAUUUAACAAAUAUCAAUAUGACAACAACUUCACUUAAUGGUAAUGUAUCUACUGUAAAUAGUACUAAUUUAUCUCAAUUACAUUGUUAUCAACAUAUUCAACAUUCUUCUCAAUCACCUAUAAGUCCUGGUCUUUGUUCUAUACAAUCUGUGAUUACAUCAUCUAAUAGUUUAUUAGAUAAUAGUAAUACUACUAAUAACAAUAAUAAUAGUAAUAGUGUUUAUGCCAAUUCAUGGUAUGUUAGUUUAAAUCGAAACAAAUUAAAUAUGAUACAAUGUUUACCAAAUGAAAUGAAUGAACAUUUACAUGGACAACAAUCAUUAAUGAAUCCUAAUCAAUUACCUUCUAUAUCAUUGAAUUCAACAAUUGGUUCCAAUCCAUCAAUAACUUAUCAACAACGACAAUAUAAUCAUGUACGAUUAAAUAAUAAUUUACAAUUAAUGAAUCCUCAAUUACGUUCAUUUAUUAAAGGAAAUACAAAUCAAAAUAUAAAUGAAAAUGGUUUAAAUGGAAGUGGUGAUGGUUUUGGUUGGGAAACUCCAGAUUCCGGUGCUGGAAGUAGUAGUAUCAAUGAAAUAUCAUCACAACAUCAUCCUCAACAACACCAACGACAACAAUCUGGUUAUUUAUUGAAUCCAUCAUCAUUAUUCUUAUCUUCUUCAACAUCAUCUUUAUUAUUUGGACAUUAUUAUCAAACUUAUGGUGAAAUCAUUCAAAACAAUACUACUAAUAAAGUAAAUAAUCAAUCAGAUUUAUUCAUAUUCAAUACAUUAUUAGAUAAUCUUCCACCAUUAUGGACAUUAUUUACAAAAACAUCAACAUCUUUUUAUGAAUCCGAUUUAGAUUCAUCAGAUUCAUCUGAUAUACCAGGAAAUAUUAUUAAAACUACUGAUUUAUCAAAACAUAGUACCCAUCCUCCUCCUCCUCCUCCUCCUCUUCCUCCACAUCAUCACCAUCAACAACAACAACAUCACAGUAGUAUGAAUGGUCAGUUAAUAUCUCAACUACCUCCUAUUUCAUCAUCACAACAAUUAUCUAAUUGGUCUAGAUUAGAAGAACGUAAACUACGUACAAUUUAUUAUCAAUUAAUUCAUACAUAUAAACGUUUACAAUCCAUGUUAAUUGAUAUGCCUAAUACAUAUCAAUUGGUUAUACCAAAUGAUAGAAAUGAAAUUGGAGAGAAGACAAAAACUACAAAUGAUGUCAUUGAUCAUGAUCAAAAUAUAUCAACAACAAGAUUUGUAUCAGUUGGUUCAACACAGCAACAGAUGAAUUUAGAUCAACAAAAUUCGAUUACAACGAAUUCAUUACGUAAAUUACCAUUGGCUGUAUUUUUGGAAAAUUCAGUUCUAUUACAAGAAUUAUGUUGUAUUAAAGAAGAAUGUGCUGAUCUUAAAAUUCGUGUAUAUUUACUUGAAAAAGAAUUACAUGCUAAUCGUCUAACAUUAGAUAGUCGUACUGUUGCUGAACGUGCAUUACGUGCUCAUCUUGAUGCAUUAAUUAUUGAACAAAAUAAUCAAUAUUCAAUAUUAAAUGAUAAUAAGUUAAAAUUAUCACAAACAACAACAAUGGCGACGUCGACGACGACGACGACAACAGCAACAACAACAGGAACAGGAAUAACAACAACAUUAACCAAUCAAUCUAUACAGAAUAUUAAUCAAAAUGAAAUAGUUUUAUUAAGAGGUCAAGUCAAGAAUUUAUUACAAGCUCUUGAAGCAUUACGUAGUAGUACAGAAAUACAACAAAUACAAAGUGAAGAAUUAGUGAAUGAUUUAAAACGUGCUAAUAGUGCAUUAAUUAAAGCAUUUGAUAAAAUAAAACAUAAAUAUACAACACGUAUUAAAAAAUUAGAAGAUCAAUUAAAUUCUAUGCAUUCUAUUCCUUCAUCCACAUGUUCUACAUCAUGUCAUACUACUAUUAAUACUACUACUACUACUAGUUGUAGUAGUACAACUACUACUCAUCACAAUUAUUUAAGUAAUACAUUCAAAGGAUGUAUGAUAGAACAUCAUAAUAUUAAUGAAAUAUCAAAAGCAUCUAUUAUAUUAAAUGAUAUGAAUAAUGUAAAUAUAAAUUCUCAAAUUCAUCCCAUUUAUCCUAUGCAAAGUGCUUUACAACAACAACAACAACAACCUGUAUUAACAACAUCAACACAUUCAUUGAAUAUACCUUCAAUAAUUGAUUGUAAUCGUAAUUUAUCAUCAUUACCGACAUCUCAUAUCCCUCCUAUUCCUCAACAUCAACAUCAACAAUAUCCACUGCAUCAUCAACAGGAUCAUCAUUAUUAUCCACAAAUUAAACAACAACCUAUGAUAUUGAAUACAUCUCAAUUGAGAACAACACCACUUUCAACUAAUUCAUUAUCACAACAGUUUUCUAAUUUAAAACAUUUUCCUACUCAUUGA